CCCUACAGCAUCUUCAGCCACAAAGCGAAGAUGUUCAUCGUUGUAGCAGUCUCCAUUUCGUCCCUCAUAUCGCCUUUCGGCGCUACAACCUUCUACCCGGCGCUCAACGUGUUGGCUGAAGACCUGCACGUGACGCCGAGUUUGAUCAACCUGUCCCUUACGACCUACAUGAUAGCCCAAGCCAUUGCGCCGUCGCUGAUAGCGGGCAUGUCUGACAACAGCGGUCGUCGACUUUCAUACAUCGUCUGCUUCGUCAUCUUUGGUGUGGCCAACAUCGGCCUCGCGUUGCAGACCAGCUACGCCGCAUUACUGGUCUUGCGGAUGGUGCAAGCGUUCGGAUGCAGUGCGGCCAUUGCUAUGUCAUCUGCAGUGGUGGCUGAUAUCGCGACCUCAGCGGAGCGAGGCAAGUACAUGGGGUAUGCGACGGCAGGCCUGCUGUUUGGCCCGGCGUUCGGGCCCACCAUUGGAGGCCUGUUCGCACAGUAUCUGGGCUGGAGGUGGACCUUUUGGUUUCUGGUGAUCUUCUCCGGAUCGUUGCUUCUUCUAUUUGUGUUCUUCUUCCCGGAAACAUGCCGAAACGUCGUCGGAAACGGGUCCAUACCAGCAAGAGGCGUCAACCAGUCUGUCCUCGGUUAUCUGCAACAACGGCGGCACGCCCGGGAGAUGACAGCACACCCGGAAUUAGAGGCUGCCGAGGAGGCAGCGGACGAGAAGAUGACGAAGAAGCGUGGCUUCGCUUUUCCAAACCCGCUCCUGACCUUCAAAAUCCUGGGCGAAAAGGAAAGCUGCAUAGUGUUACUGUAUAAUGGCUUCUUCUUCACGGGCAUGAUUGGUCUCGCUACACCGGCACUCUCCGAGCUCUAUACAGAGAUUUAUCAUCUGAACACGCUCGAUCUCGGCUUGUGCUAUAUUGCCAUGGGAAUGGGGAGCUUGGUCUCGGCUCUAACGAUGGGCCAUGCAGUUGACUGGAACUUCCGAAGACACGCCAAGCGUUUGGGUAUAGUCAUCAAUAAAGGCAGACAGCUGGAUCUGCGUAACUUUCCGAUUGAAAAAGUACGCUUGGAGGUCGUCGUGCCAGGGCACAUCGUCGGUACGAUCGGGUUUCUCAUCUUUGGUUGGACGCUGAAGUUCGAGACGAGCCUUGCAGGUCCCGAGAUUGCCAUGUUCAUGAUCGGAUUCGGUGUCUCAACUGCCUUCAACUUGACGAAUACUCUGCUGAUCGAUCUGCACCGAGACAGUCCCGCGACAGCGACUGCUGCGGUGAACUUUGUUCGCUGCCUAAUGUCGGCGGUUGGCGCGGCAGUCAUCAUACCGAUGUGUCAUGCGAUGAACCCCGGCUGGGCUUUCACAUUUAUAUCGCUACUGUAUGUGGCACUCAUAGCGAUGGUGUUCUUGUUAAUGGCCAAGGGUCAGAAAUGGCGUACUGAGGCGGCCGAUAGAAAGGCUGCGAAGGAU